AUGGUUCUCUCUGAAACAAUCGUGGACCUAAAGAGAUUUCGCUAAAAAGUUUUCCUAAUAUAAAUUUCAAUGUGUGCAGUAAAGCCAAAAUGUUCGAUUUACAAGUAUGUCGUAUAUGCCUUCGAGGGGAAUCCAAAUAUUUUAAGAUUGAUAAGUAUUUUCUUAUGAAAUACUAUGAAGAAAUUAUGACAGUACCAGUUGAAAAAGCAGAAGGACUUCCCCAAUACUUUUGUUAUGAAUGUGCUGCAACAUUACACAAAUUCCACCGAUUUAGAGAAAAGUGUUAUUACAGUCACAAUGCACUUACAGAUAUGCUCUGGAAAGGAAAGAUAACCCAAUCAGCCAUCAGUAGUUUUAGGGAAAAGCAAAGUCAGAAAUUAAAGUAUGGUACUUUAGACAUAUUAAAAAGAAAUAAAAGAGUUAACACUUAUAUUUUAAAGCAUGAUUAUGUAGAAGAUGAAUACUCAAAUGAAACUCAAGAAAACAAUGUAGAAAAUGAUUAUUCAGAUCAUUCAUUCACUGAUUGUGAAAGUAUAGGUGAAAAAGUUGAGAAAAUUGAAGAAACUAAACCUGAACCAGACUUAGUGUUGGCUGUAGAUAAUGAUGUCAUUUUCCCAUCUGCCUGCAAUAUUGAAACUAUUGAUACUGACCCUCCAAAGGAAGAAGAGACUUCCAAACAAAAAACAAAACAAAGUAAGGCAAACAAACAACCUAAACAAUCUAAAGCAAGACAGACCAGAAGAAGAAAAGCUGCUAAAAAGAAGAAUGAAGAAAUUGAUUCCGAUGAUGAAGUCUUAGCCAAUAAGAAAAAGUCUAAUAUAGCAUUGGAGAGAAAAAAUGUUGAAUUCACCAAAGCAAAGGGUGGCAAACCAAAGGUUCUAAAGUUCUUAGAAUCAGGUUUUUGGAAGAAAUCUUUUUUGACUGACGAUGAAGCUAUGGUGGAGUUUCAAGCUAAGGCACAAGAUAGGAAGUAUUUAAGAGCGGCAUACAAAUGCACAGAUUGCUUUAGAGGUUUCUCACAAAAGAGCAUGUUGGAUAGGCAUAUACCAUUAAAGCAUGGAGAGGCACUUGGUCCUUUAAUUUGCCGCUUCUGCAAGUGCCGAUUCAAGACAGCUUAUUUCCUAAACAAACACAUGAGGCUACACUAUAACAAGUUUGAAUGUCUGCGGUGCAAUUUAGUAUGUAAUAUAGAUAAGUCUGCAUUAUUCCAUGAAGAGUAUCAUAAUGGUGUUAUAAGAAAAUGUCCUCAUUGUGAUAAAGAAUUCAAGCAUAUGUCAACAUUCUAUACGCAUCUGCGGACGCACAGAAGUAAGCACAUGUGCCCACGAUGUGGAGAAUCAUUUGUCAGUGAAUUAGGACUGUAUUUGCAUCAGAAAGUCAAACACAUCACUGACUCAGGAACGGUCGAAGUAGAUGGCAGCACGUACUGUGACGUUUGCAAGAUAAAGUUUGAAACAACAGAGGCUUACGACAGACAUUUAUUACACUCGGCUAUGCAUACGGAAGAUAAACUGCUAGAAGACGAAACGGCCAUGAAUGAAAUUAUGAAGGAUGACGCAGAUUUGGAUAUAAAAGACUGUGAGGAAAGUCAAAAUACAGAAGAACUAUAUACGAGAAAGACGAGGGUAGAAAAAACAUUAUCAGCGGUAAGGAAAAGAAAUCUGAACAAGGCUCCAGUAAAAGUGGCAAAGAAACCUACCACAUGUCAACACUGCGGUAAACACUUCGAAUCUCAAUCGGCUUGUAUGAAGCACCAUCACGCGGAACACCCGAGGAAGCCGUUCUACUCGCCAAAGGACAGAGUUAUAUGCGAGAUAUGUGGCACUUCGUUAGCGCCUAGCAGUGUACCGGCUCACCUCAACCAACACACCCGUCGCAAAAUGUACACGUGCGACACUUGCGGGAGAUCGUUUACCACCAAUAAUAUGCUGAGAAAUCAUAUAGUUACACACACUGGAGAACGGAAUCACGCUUGCAACAUUUGCGGAAAGCGGUUCGCUCAAAGCGGUAGCCUUAGCCUUCAUCACAGAACGGUGCAUCUCAAACAACCCUAUCCUAAAAGAAAUAGAAGAAAAAGACUGGAAGUUCCGAACACCGAAGCUGGGCCGUUCGGUGGCAAAGAAGAGUACAGAGUUUGGAAGCAUUACUUCGACAACUCGGCAUACACAAACUCUUGAAUUGCAAGCUGAAAAUAAAAUUAAAAGUUUAAACUUUAUUUAUUUUAAUUAUUUAAAUGGCUUAGAGUUAGACUACAAUUCACGUUAACCCAAAAAAGUGACUGAUAUAAUUAAUAAAGUUUGGAAGAGGGGGCUGGUGACGCCACUUUUAAGUAAAAAUUGUACCAAAACGUAACGUCAUGUGUUAUUUCAAAUAAUUAUAGGUAUCUCCGGAAAAAUAUAAUUAUGUGAGUUAAGAAAAAAUAUGUGUCCAAUACUUUUUGGUAAUCUACCUGAUAGAUUAAGAAGAAAAAAUAGUCGUCAUCCCUAUUCUCGCCUUUAUAAAAAGCCGCCUGAACUUACAAAAAUAGCUUAGGAUCAAUAAGUAAUUGCAAAACAUAGGCCAUUGUAAUAAAGCUGAAAAUGUUUUUUUUCUGAACCGUCAUCAUAUCUGAACUGCUAUUGCUGAUUUUCAUUCAAAGUUUCUUUAAAUUUAUAUUGUAAAUAGAGAGAAGCAACUCUAUAACAGUUUUUUUAUAAGGCAAAGAAUCUCGUUCAUUGUUUUUAAGAAUAUUGUAUAACGACGGUACAGAAUUUAGUCAAGUACCAUGUAUUUUGAAUAUAUAUCCCAUCAACAGCCCGUCAGAUUUUAAAAACUCUGCAAUAUUGUUUUAUACUUUAAAUUGACAUAAGGGUCAAAAUUGUGUGUGAAAAUUUUACAAUUGCUAUUGUGCUUUCAAUGUAAUGUUCUUGUACCUAUAUUUAUAGCGAAAUUGUACAAACUUCUUUUGUACUGACUGAAUAAAGUGAAGUAACAAUUUGUAUAUAUAAAAAUAAUAAAAUUAUAUUCAUAAUAACAAUAGUCAUGGUAUGUUUAUAUGUCAUUUUAGAAGCUAUUUAGAAUAAUUUAAAUCUAUAACUUUUAGUAAGUAGGUAACCUAUUUUUUAUCAGAGGGUGUAAUCUCAAUUCAUUUUUUUUUUUAUUUAUUUAUGAUAUCAUUGUAUUGGUUUGUUUUUUAUUAUUAUAGGUAUGUAUUUUAUUGUACCAUAUCGCAAGUUUGUCUUUAUUGUACCUGUUGGUAAGAGAACCGAAAAGUAAAAACUAAAAAUAUUUUAUUUGUGUAUUAUUUCUACAGACAAAUGCAAGCUUUGUUAUCAAUUUUACUGUAUAUUAAUAAAGGUGUCAAAAUUUGUAAACUUCAUUUCUCACAGUCGGGGGGUCUUUUUUCAGCAAUUUCACCACGAAUCGGUACCAUCCACCCCGGUCGUCCCGCCCCGUUAACGGGACAAUUUGGGAAAAAAUGUUCCAUUAGCCCUGACUGACCACGUUUUUUAUGGAGGGGGGGACACGCAGGUAAAGUAUUAUCUACCCCGGCGUUUUUUUUAACGUGGCGUUUAGCAAAGAUUAAGUAGCCGCUAACCAACCGCCCAAUUAGGUAGUUGUGUUGGUUUUUUACGAACACAUUCCUCGGUACGCGGCUUCACAGUUUUAAUUAAUUUUAAUCUUCACGUCU